CUCUGCCUCGCUGUUUUAUGAGGAGGGUGAAAGUCUGGUCACCCCUCAACCUCCCUUCCCUCUGGCUAUCAGCUUCCUCUUCUAGCCAGGCUACGCUCCCUCUGCUGGCUUCUCUUCACUCAUCCCGCCCUCCCAGAAGAGCAGUCUUCCCUUGUCCUCCCUCAGACGGACUUCCAUGGACUCGGGGACUGUAGACAGUGGCAAGAUGGCCUCCGAGGGCCCGCAGCCUACCCACAUCAAUGUGCACAUUCACCAGGAGUCAGCACUGGCCAAACUCCUGCUGACCGGAUGCUCCCUGCUACGGCUCCCAGCCACAACCACCAGCUCCACCAGCCAGACCUUGGGCAGCAGCCGACUGCUGGUGGCCUCUUGGGUUGUACAGAUCGUGCUGGGGCUCCUGAGUGGGGUGCUGGGAGGAUUCCUCUACAUCCUCAAGUGCUACAGACUGUGCUCCUCGGGAGCUGCCAUCUGGACUGGGGCUGUGGCUCUGCUGGCUGGAGCUGCUGCCUUUGUUUAUGAGAAACAGGGUGGGAUCUGCUGGGCCCUGCUGAGGACCCUUCUCACACUGGCCGCUUUCUGCACGGCCAUUGCCGCCAUCGUAAUUGGGGCUGAUAACUUCCAUGAGUACCUCUACAGAGGGGAUAUGGACAGUGACUACCUCUGUGAGGACUCCUCGAGCAACUGGCACAUCACGCCCCCCAGCACCCUGAGUCCUGAACCUGAGAGACAAAACCUGUGCAUCUCCCAGGUGAACAUGCUGAAGAACCUGAAUAUAAACCUUCAGUCCAUGCUCUUGGGUGUCUGGGUCCUGCUGCUUCUGGCAUCUGUAGCCCCUCUGUGUCUGUACUGCUGGAAAUACUUUUCCAUUAAAGAGAAAAGAGAUCAGAAGAAGCUGCUGGGAGCAAACGAGUUCUAGCCUUGCCUCUGCUAAGCACUGAUAACCGAUGCUCCUUCUGCUCUGGAUGCCCCUGCGUCUGCUUCCUUGAACCAGAUUAGGACAAGAUACCCCCCUGUGACCACAGCUGUUCUUCCUAAGGGCCACAGCCACUGCCCUGCACCAUUCGGCCGUCAUAGUGGCUCUUGCUUAUCUCUUGCUCACUUUCACCAUCCUUCAUGUCCCCUCUCAUGCAGUAAUUUGGCAAUAAAUAUUUAUAUGAUUGG